CUGAGAGGAAGCCAUUUCCCUAUCAAGUGACCAGAGCUGAGAAAGAGAAACAAACAGCCCCUGACUGAUAGCUUCUCUCCUAAGGUCCGCAGGAUCCUAAGACCAGGUCAUCGCGGGUGCCCAGCCCUGGACAGGUAACCGGGACGUUCUGGCUCCAGUUCAACCAACGCAGCCCUGCAACUGCGUCUGCAGAAGCCAAGCUGUGGGACGGAAGGUGGCUUGUGGCAACGAGGGCCUAUCAGGACCCACAAGAAACCACAGAGCUGCUCGGUGCCUCCGGCCAGCGUCUUCCUCUGAAGAAGCCCUGACUGACCUGAGGACAGAGGGAGCAAACGGGGCAUGAUGCUGCCUGUGACCCACGUGCUAGCCUUCGGUGCUUGGCUGGUGACACAGAGCAAGGCUACGCCAGAUGCCCCCAAAAUCUCCAUCUUUCUGAAGCCACCGGGGGUGAUCUCACCGGGAGGCUCCACCAACAUCUGCUGCAGUUGCCAGCGUGACAGUGGGAACUUUGUGCUCUACAAGGACGGCUACCAGAUCCGUACCCUGGAGCUGCAUGGCAGCAGGGCCGAGUUCUCCAUCUCUAACGCCUCCCAGGAGGACGCAGGUGCCUACAGCUGCCAUUACAUACAUGGAGGCACUGUGCUGGCUCGCAGCGAAACCCUGGAAGUCAUGGUGCGAGAUUUCCGUCUCCCCACACCUGACCUCUCUGUCCUGCCCGGGCUUGAGGUGGCUGCAGGAGCUUACGUGACUUUCCGUUGCGCCAUUGAACACUCCAGUGCUGCCUGUUACUUGUACCUGGAGGGCCACUUCACGGUGCGCUUAAACCCAGAGGAACGAGAGAAUUUCAAACUCCCCCGUGUCAGUAAAGAAAAGGAAGGCCGCUACAGCUGCCAGUGUUUCGCCAAACGUGAAUGGUCUGCUGUCAGCCAGACCCUGGAUUUGGUGGUGAGAGAUUACACCUGGUCCAACGGGAGUGGGAGGGGAAGAGCUGGCCCCAGACAGCAGCCAAGAAAAGCAGCAACUGGAUUUUCAGUUGGUCCACAAAUGGCAGAAGCAGCCAAACAUCCAGGACAUAAGGAACCUACUCACUGCAAGCUGGAGGACGACCCAGGUGUUCAGGACUCCCUCAGCCCCCACUUUCCUCAUACCCAUGGGAGGACAAAUGCAUGCGGGGUCAAAGCACCCUCAUCCUGCUCUAACCUCAAGGUUCCCACCCAGCUGGCAGAAGAACCUAGAGCCCAGGGCACAGGGCCCCACAGAGGAAUCUUGUGAUGGGUCCCAUGGAGGAGCCCAGCUGCCAUGCUCCCACACCAGCCUCCAUUGGAAGCCACAGCCUUGGUGCCUGUCCUGCUUAUAGAGUUCUUGUGCCACUGAGGCAGAGGGCC